GUCUGAGGCAGAUGUAACAGUGUACUCUGAUGUUAAGUUCAGAAGAACGAAGAGAAACACCAGUGAGAAAGUUUCCUCAUCGACUGACAGCACUUAAUCUGAAGUCAGCAUCUGGAAUCUGACACAAUGAGCCGUCCACAGGGCUACAUAGAAGGUGAUGCUCCAGCCUCCCAACAUCGCUCAGGGUCAAAUGGAGGGUCAAAGGUCAGAUCAGAGAGAGUGGCCCUGCUGGUUGUCAGCGCUCUCCUGGCAGCUGCUGUCAUUGUUAUUUGCCGUCUCUCUCUUGAUAACAUGUACACCAAGCAAAGUUUCCAGACUCUGAGAGAAGAGCAUGAAGCUGUGAAAAGAAAUCUCACAGAUGACUCGUGUACAAAAUGUGAAUAUGGCUGGGAGCAAGAUGGAAGACAGUGUUAUUAUUUCUCCAUCAAUCGUUCAACCUGGAGUGAGAGCAGAGAUGAAUGCCGACAGAAAGGAGGAGAUCUGGUUCAGAUAGACAGCAGAGAGGAGCAGACAUUCCUGGAGCUGAAACUGAGAGAAAAAAUGAACUUUGAUGAGGACAAGUUCUGGAUCGGACUGACAGACUCAGAGAAAGAGGGCACAUGGUUGUGGGUAGACGGCUCACCACUGAACGAGAGUUUGACAUUUUGGAACGGCAGUGAGCCAGAUAACUGGACAGAGAGAGAUCCUGAUGGAGAGGACUGUGUGAGGAUGGGAGAGAAGCCAGGAGCUCCUGAUCUGAACUGUUGGUUUGAUGAACCCUGCAAAGUGCCUCACAGAAGUAUUUGUGAGAAACCAGCAGAAACUGGACAUUUUACUCUUCAGUGUGUCGGAAAUGUAGUUUAAAUGAAGUCUCAGCCUGUUAAACAAUCUCAGUGCAGGAUACAGAAUUUGGAGCAGUUUCAUUUUUAUAUAUGUAAUGUUAAAAUUAAUGAAUAAAUAAGGAAAAUAUUAAAAUACAGUUUGUUUAAUGUGCCCAACAAUACUAUCAUAUAUUAUAUCAUCAGACUGUAGUUACUCAAAUAUGAAAUUUCAUAAAGUCUCUGUAUCUUUUGUAAAACAACUAUUAACUAAAGCUGUAAAACAUUUAUUUACAACAAGAUUUAUCUCCAAUCCAACAUCUACGGUUAAUAAAUACAUUAAAAACUGUUUUUUUUUAGUAGAAGGAGGAACAAUAAAAUGUUUGAAUAAAUUAGUGUUUAUUGAAAUUAAACAGCAAUUUAUUUUUGUCAAUUAUGUUUUUGUUUCCAUUGUAGGUUACUAUGAUCUAUAUUUAUCUUCUGUUCUUUAUAGUUUUCUUGUUUUACUGACACAGUGUGAUUUUAAAUUGUUUGUUUUGGAUCCAAAUACAGAAUAAAGUAUUUAGAUUGUUUGAUCAUUCAUAAAAUGCUAGCCUCAUCAUUUGUCAGCAUGCUCACCAUGAGGUUUGCUGAGUCAUUCAAAGUGACAACACAGCUGUGAUAGUUCUCAUUACACUUGUGUUACCCCAAAAAUGUGCACUAAUGAACAUGAAAUGAAAGUCCAACUGUGUUGUGUUCACAAACAGAGGAAUUGGACAUGGAUGUUUCUGCUGUCCACUGUUACUGUCGGUAGCUACGCCUCCUGACCAGUAGGUGUCUCUGUGGGACUGUGUACAGAGUGGAAGAGGACUGCAGAAUGAGGGACAGAGAAGUAGAGAGGAACAGGUGGAGAAGUACAGCGGCUGCAGGUGAAACGUGGAUGCUAUCAGUGUUAGCAGUUGCUAAAUAAAGCCCUCAAAUGUU